UGUUUGUUCUUAAACACUGGAUAUGCUGGGUCAAUGAACUGUUACUCCAGGAAGCAGAGCUGAGAGGACAAGCUCAGAAGACAUCAUUGCGAUGGCGAGCAGGAAUGCAACACUUUCCCAAAAGUCUCUCAUCUAGGGAAGCGUGCACAUACUCUACUGCAGGAAAGCAACGUUCGGGGCUCUUUAAACUACUGACUGUAACCUGGUCCAGCUUUCUCAGUGCCUGCUGAAAAAGACUUCUCUCGUUCUAUACCUUUAAAGUGGACCACAAGACUAUCCUCCUCAGCAGGAUUUAAGAUCUUCCUGGACACUUUACCAGCCCCUACACGCACAACAAGAUGAUUGACCUAAGCUUCCUAACAGAGGAGGAACAGGAGGCAAUAAUGAAGGUGCUGCAACGGGAUGCAGAGCUUAAAAGAGCUGAAGAAGAGAGAGUCAGGCAUUUACCAGAAAAAGUCAAAGAUGAUGUUCAGCUAAAGAAUAUGAGUGGGCAGUGGUUUUAUGAAGCAAAGUCAAAGAGGCACAGAGAUAAAAUACAUGGAGCAGAUAUUAUUAGAGCUUCCAUGCGACGGAAGCCUGCCACUCUUGCUGAAGUGAGUCAGAACAAAUCAAACAAAGCAAAGAACAGCUGGGUGAGCAAUGUUAAUAAAGAAGUCUUUGUGCCACCAGAACUACAUGGCAUUGUGGAACAUCAAGAAGAAGAACAACUGAAAUCUAGUUCAAGUUCUAAAACAAUAACCUCUGUGUUAGACAAACCAGAGGAAAGACCUAUGAAGGCAGCAGUCUCACCAGUAAAGCAAAGAAGAAAUCCAUUUAAUUCCACUGCAUCAAGUGAUAACUUGAACAGUGGCGAAUCAGAAAACAGACCAGCCACUCUACCUCAGCUAUCAAAGAAGGAAAUUUUGUCACUCUCAGAAGAGAGCCAACCUAAACCAAACUUACAAGAUGAUGAAACAGAGAAACAUAAGAAGCCUUCUGUAGAACCUACUGAUGAAUCACAGAAAGGACUAGUUAAGCGUCCUGUCCCAAAAGCUAGAAAAUUAAUUCACAAAGCAACAGAUCCUGUGUCACAAAGAGAAGACUUUGUUCCAAAACCAGCCAAACAGACCGAGAGGAUUAAUGGCACCGGUACACCACCCAGGGGCAUUCUGAAGCGCAGUUCAAGUUCCAGUGACUCUGAAGUUCGUGUUAGUCAGAUGUUAGAUGUUCAGAAAAAGAAUGGUCUUCCUACUGCAACUGUUUUUGAAGGAGAAGCUGGGAAGAACUCUCUUACGGAAGAAGCAGAAGAGUCCACACAAAUUUCACUGGAAAAACUGAAACAAGUGAGGUUCUCAUCUAGCACAGGUAAAGGAGAACCUCUGCAAAGCCCACAGCUACACCAUCGUAGAGAAACAGGAGAGUUUGAUUUGUUAGAAUCUGAUGAAAUAAAGAGUAGUGGAAGUGAUGCUAUUAGAUCAGAUUCAUUUGGGAACAAGCAAAUUUCUGCUGUAAAGCCUUUGGGAACACAUUCAUCAGCAUUACAAGUAAAAACAAUAUUACAAGUAAAAACAAUAGAUGGCUUACAAGAAGAUACAUCGGCAUCCAGCCCUUGUGACACUAAUGGGUCAGUCUUCCUGGUUAAUGAAACCUUGCAGACAAAGACAGUUACUCCUAAGAAACUUGAAACUCCACAGAAGACCUCCAGCAAUGUCCUGCCAAAUAGCAAUAAUGAACUGAGUGUUGAUGAGACAUGUGAAAAUAAAUCCAACCAGAUCUUGAGCCAUGAAUCAAAGUCACACAAAAGCUUUACUGAUGAACAUCAGCUUUCUGCUAAGACAGAAGCACGUGAGGUGUCAAAUACCAAUUCUACAAGUCUUCAACAAGGUAAGCCUGAUCUUGUUGAGGAGCGAGAUGCUAAAACCACUUUCAAGCCUGACACACAUGCUGAUGAACUCAUGAAAGCGGCCAAUGAAUCUGUAUCAAAAGUUUUAGAUUGGUUUAAAAGAAGUUCUGGUACUGAAGAUAGGAAGCAUGUAUCAGCCGGAUCCCAAGGCAGAGAACCCAAAGAGGAAGUGGACUUCUCAUCCAGAACAGCAGUUCUUCCUACAGAACACAGUGGGCCUAGCAUGGAUGGAAAAACAAAAGUUUCAAAAGAGUUACUGUUUGGAAAGAUUAAACAACAGAUUAGUAUUUCACCUACAUCAUUUAUUUCAGAAGAUACACAGCUGAUAAAAGAGAGGAUGAAACCUAAGAAAGGGGAAGAGAAUAAGGAGCAAAAUGACGAAUCACUAACUGAAUUUGACUGUACAAGAGUUGAAGAAAGAGAGCGUGGUCAAGAAAUCAAGCAACAAAAUAAAAAAUCAAAUUUCUUGGAACAUCAAGAACGCAAGCUACCAGCUCAGAAACGUGAAUCAGAGAAGGCAAUACGAGAAAAAAGAAGAAUAAAGGAGAUCAGAGCAUUCUGGGAAAGGGAUAAAAGUAUUCCCAGUUACGGAGAGAAAGACAUUAGUAUCAAUACUAAUGCAUCAGGUGGUGGUGCAUUGAAAGGUCUCAGAGAAAGUGAGAAAAUAAAACCAACUGCAGUAUACCUACCUAAUGGAUUGGAUGAUCAAAGCAAGAAUAUGUUAAGAAGUGCUGAACUAAGUUGUGCAAGCCAGGCUUCAAAAAAUGAACAUCAAAACUCUUUUGAGUUUGGACCAGGCCAUGGAGCUGAAAAAACAGAAAGAACACUUCCAUCUGAUGGUGAAGUUCAUGAAUAUACAGAAUUGCCAAAAGCCAGUAACUUGCAGCCAAGAGUUGGUGCCACUUCAGCUUCCCCAGAAAGCAAAGACAAAGAUGAGAAAGAAACACUUAAAGGAAAAGUUGCUGCGCAUCCCCAACAGAAGCCCAGAUUCCAGGUUUUUUCUUUAAAAGAAAAAAUGAAUGAAAAGUCCAAGAAUCAAAUUUCAGAUCCUUCACAGUUCCAGAGUUUGAGAAACUUCUGGGAUACUGGAGUUAAAUUACAGGAUAGCAUUGAUAGGGGAGAUGUUUCUUUGCCAAAUAAUACUAGUUCAAUAACCUAUGAAAGAAAAUCAAAGCAAGAUAAAAAAGGCAGAGAUAAUGUGAGCAACCAAGAAUUAAUUCAACAACAAACCCAAACAUCUGAGAGAGAAAAAUCACAGAAAUUAGAUUCUGUGGUAUGUGAACUGCAUCUAGGAUUACCUACCCUGAAAGGUCUGAAUGUGACACACACAAAAAAGACGGACUCUGUCCAGCUGGACAGAAAACCAAUUAUCUCAACACCCCAGGAAAAGAUGGGUCUUCCAAAGCAAGGAGUUAAAGAAUGUAUAGAAAAAAGUAUUGUUUCAGCAAAAGAACAUCAUGUUUCCUUGCGGUUGCUCCAAUCACCUGGUGAUAAAGAUGCUUUAAAGGAGACCGCAGUAGAUGAUUGGCUAUAUUUACCUAUAGAAAAAGUGGAGAACAAGACUACUCCAUUAGAUGUUGGUCUCCCUAAAAAGGAAGUUGCAGAGACUGUGGGCAAGGUUGUUCUACCUAAGAACAAAGAAGAAAUAAGCAAAAGCACAGGAAAAAUGACAGUGCUGUCAACAGAUGAGCAUGAAAACAAAAAAGGUCUCAGGAAACUGUUUAGGGAAUUUGAACCUUUCUGUCUACGACAUCAGGCAGCAGACAAGGAUGAUGCUCUUGCGGGCUCUCAGAGGCGUCAAGCAGGUUUGCAGAACCUGCUCAGAGAAACCUUUGCAUCUCAACCUUCUGAAUAUAGAAGGGUGGGAAUGAAAACAUCUGAUGACACGAAUAGUAUAUUACAAACUAAUUGUGGUGUAGAAUCAACAUACCAAAAAGAUACGGGUCAGCCUGAAGAGGUCAAUGAGACCAUAGAAAAGUCUGUUGUCCCAUCCAAGGCCAGUGGCUUGAGUUCUGCUUUAGAGAAGCUGCUGAAGGAGGCCUCUGAAAUGCCACCUCCUAAACCAAAACGUGCCGACAGCACGGUACAGAGAACUGCUGAGAUGGAAGUGAAAAGCACGACCUACGAGCAUGAUGGAGACUUGCUGCAGGAAAUCAAUGAGGCCAUAGAAAAGUCUGUUGUCCCAUCCAAGGCCAGUGGCUUGAGUUCUGCUUUAGAGAAGCUGCUGAAGGAGGCCCCUGAAACGCCACCUCCUAAACCAAAACGUGCCAUUAGCACAGUACAGAGAACUGCUGAGAUGGAAGUGAAAAGCACAACCUAUGAGCAUGAUGGAGACUUGCUGCAGGAAAUCAAUGAGGCCAUAGAAAAGUCUGUUGUCCCAUCCAAGGCCAGUGGCUUGAGUUCUGCUUUAGAGAAGCUGCUGAAGGAGGCCUCUGAAAUGCUACCUCCAAAACCAAAAUGUGCCGACAGCACAGUACAGAGAACUGCUGAGAUGGAAGUGAAAAGCAUGACCUAUGAGCGUGAUGGAUACUUGCUGCAGGAAAUCAAUGAGGCCAUAGAAAAGUCUGUUGUCCCAUCCAAGGCCAGUGGCUUGAGUUCUGCUUUAGAGAAGCUGCUGAAGGAGGCCCCUGAAACGCCACCUCCUAAACCAAAACGUGCCAUUAGCACAGUACAGAGAACCGCUGAGAUGGAAGUGAAAAGCAUGACCUAUGAGCAUGAUGGAGACUUGCUGCAGGAAAUCAAUGAGGCCAUAGAAAAGUCUGUUGUCCCAUCCAAGGCCAGUGGCUUGAGUUCUGCUUUAGAGAAGCUGCUGAAGGAGGCCCCUGAAAUGCCACCUCCUAAACCAAAACGUGCCAUUAGCACAGUACAGAGAACUGCUGAGAUGGAAGUGAAAAGCACAACCUAUGAGCAUGAUGAAGACUUGCUGCAGGAAAUCAAUGAGACCAUAGAAAAGUCUGUUGUCCCAUCCAAGGCCAGUGGCUUGAGUUCUGCUUUAGAGAAGCUGCUGAAGGAGGCCUCUGAAAUGCUACCUCCAAAACCAAAAUGUGCCGACAGCACAGUACAGAGAACUGCUGAGAUGGAAGUGAAAAGCAUGACCUAUGAGCAUGAUGGAGACUUGCUGCAGGAAAUCAGUGAGCCCAUAGAAAGAUCUGCACUGUCCAAGGCUGAAUAUGAAGUAUUCGAUGUUAACUUGCAGAAGCUACCAAAAGACGUCUCUGAAACACCAGCUUCUGUGCUGGAAAAUAUGGAUAAGAAAAUGCAAGGUGAAAUACAGACUAGUCAAAGUAUGCAUGCUCCACAUCAACAAGAGAGAGAUCCUCCUCAAGAAAUAGAAGAAACAAUAGAAAAAACUUCUGUUUCAAAUAUUGCAACGUUCAGUGAAUUCAAUAGGUUUUUGGAACAGCUUCUUCAAGAAGCAUCUGAAGCUUCAUCUCCAAUAUCCAAAGAGUUACAUAAACAAGAGAAGUCUGGGGAUCAUACAUUUCCAUCACAAAAAGAGCCUCUGAUGACAACGUCACAGCCAUAUAAUGCUUUAAGUAGCUACCAUACACAGAUGAAGACAGGUAUCAAAGGGGGAGCUCCAGAACAAAAUAUCAAAGCUUUAGUAAAUGAUCUUGCAGUAAGUGAAAUUGAAGCUUCUGAUCUUCCUAAAAGAAAUGGAGUUAUUAAUGAAAUAGAAAAGAGAAACGUGGCUCCAGUUGAUCUUCCUCCCUUGGAAGGAGAGACCAAUACGAUUGCAAUCAAGCCAUUCAAGAUAAACGAAAAAGGAAGGAGAGCUGGAAGGACAUCCUUGGAUGCCUCUGAAAAUAAUUCAGAAUUUAAAGCACUGUUGAAAUUCAGAAGAGCAAGCACACCACUUAAAGAUGAGAGCAACUCCCCCCAGCCAGAAGGAGCUCAACUCUGUCCAAUGCCUCAGCAUGAGGAUAAUGAUGAAGGGGAUGGCUCAAAUUUGGGAUCCAAGUUUUCAGAUGAAAACUCUGAGUCCCACUCUGGAACCAGAAGUUCAACUCGUUCAGAAGAAGAAUUAAACCCUGUUUUGAUGGCUUUGAAAAGGAGUGCAGAUAGGAAAAUGCCUUCCAAAAGUCUAGAGGACAUUCCAUCAGCCACCUCAAAUAAAGGAAAAAAAAAUAAUCCAAAGGAAGAAUUAACUCUUAGUGCUGAAGAUGUUUCCACAGUGCCUUCACAGCCUGAUAAGCUGUUUUCCAAUCCUGAAAAACUCAAAGGACUGAGUAAGUCAGUACCAUCAUUCCUACAGGAAGAGAGUGAUGACAGAGAGACAGAUACAGCAUCAGAAAGCAGUUAUUCCCUUGGCAGAAUCAAGAAGAGUCCCAGCUCUCUAACCAAUCUUAGCGGCUCUUCUGGCAUGGCCUCCUUAUCCUCUGUGAGUGGAAGUCUGAUGAGCAUCUAUAGUGCAGACUUUGGCAAUGUUGAUGUGAAGGGGAACAUUCAGUUUGCUAUUGAUUAUGUAGAACAGCUGAACGAGCUCCAAAUUUUUAUUUGCCAGUGUAAAGACUUGGCAGUGGCAGAUGUUAAGCGACAGCGUUCAGACCCGUAUGUAAAGACCUACCUGCUUCCAGAGAAAUACAAGCUGGGCAAACGGAAGACCUCUGUCAAAAAGAAAACUUUUAAUCCAGUAUAUAAUGAAAUACUGCGGUACAAAAUUGAGAAGGGUCUCCUAAAGGACCAAAGCCUUAAUAUCUCUGUCUGGCACAAUGAUACCUUUGGGAGGAAUAGCUUCCUUGGUGAAGUGGAGCUGGAUUUAGGAACUUGGGACUGGAAUGAUAAAUCCAACAAGCAGAUCAACUGGUUUCCACUCAAGCCAAGGACUUCAACAAUGGCUCUUAAACUAGAAAACAGAGGGGAGAUGAAACUAGCCCUCCAGUACGUCCCACACCCUGUUGGAGGAAAGAAGACUCUAUCUACUGGUGAGGUCCACAUCUGGGUGAAGGAAUGCCAUGACCUACCUCUUCUGAGAGGCAACAGGCUCAACUCUUUUAUUAAGUGUACCAUUCUGCCAGAUACGAGCAGAAAAAGUCGCCAGAAAACAAGAACAGUGGCAAAAACUACAAACCCGGUAUUCAACCACACCAUGGUCUACGAUGGCUUUAGACCAGAAGAUUUGAAAGAAGCCUGCAUAGAACUCACAGUCUGGGAUCACAACAAACUAGCCAACCACUUUCUGGGAGGUCUCAGGAUAGGCCUUGGAACAGGCAAAAGCUAUGGAACUACAGUAGACUGGAUGGAUUCUACUUCAGAUGAAAUUGCCCUUUGGGAGAAGAUGAUGAACUCGCCGAACACAUGGAUAGAAGAUACACUACCUCUCAGGAUGCUAAUGGUUGCAAAAUUGACAAAAUAAGGUGGCUUCGUAAUUGCUGGUGUCAAAAAGAAACCUUGGGAAUGAAAUUAAAGGUGUGGGGGUGAAACUUGGAAGAGGAACACAGUAGCUCUUUUGACACUCUGCUCUGUUGCUGUUCUGGUUUUGUACUGUCAAAUGUCACUUUGUAUUUCAAAUUAAACUUCUGCCUGCAGAUUAUUAUGUAAACUUAAGGGAUUCUUUUAUUUCUUAUUCACUGAAAAUUACUUCAAGAAAGAAGGCACUUACAGAAUUCAGUGGUAGAGGUAGCUGUGACACCUGGCUGCUUGUGUUGCCUAACUGAAGCGUUGCUGAUCCCUUAAAUAAUCUAAACUACCAGCAAAGAAAUAAGAGCAAGUCAACUCUUUCUGUACGUUUCUAGGAUUGUUCAUGAAGUGGUGUUAUAAGAUAGCAACAGGUUGCGUUUUGUUCAUGCUCAUUAGUAUGUGCUUUGUAUCCUCAUUGUGCCAUGUCACAUCUCUCCAGUGAGGAAUAUGAGCAUGAAGAUUUUUUUUUUGAAAGUUCCUUUAUGUGUAGUUGUACAUUUCUAGGAUAUGAAAGUCGCUUCUAUAAUGAAAGCAGCACUACAGGAAGUGGUACUGACCAUGUCCUGUUCUGCAAGGUGCAGAGGACUCUUAGUUCCAAUGUACUAUAAAAAAAAUCAGGGUUAUAAAAAGUUUGCUUAUGUGUUUAUCGUCUUGUUAGUAUACAAUCCUUACUCUUAAAUGCUGAAGUUAUAGAGGUGAAACUUUUUUCUUCAAAUGCUACUCUAAAGGAUCUAAACCUGCCAAUUUUAGUGAUGACAAGUAUGUUGGGUAUUUAUUCUGUAAAGUGUACUCAUCUGUACCUAUACCUAUUAGCUUGGGUUUUUUUUUUUAUCAAAAAGUAAUUUGUCUGGGCUUCAGCGCCACCGUUAGGAGAAUGCUGGGAUUUUGGUGGUCUUGGUUUAGAUAGCUUUGCAGCAUAGGAAAUAGGACUGGAAUUUGUAACUUGUAGAGAAAUUCAUGCUACUAAAGAAAGAUAAAUGCAUAAAAUACAAAAUGCAUUACUUUUUUUUUUUUAAUAAAAGCAGCCUAUUAAAGCUAAAUAGGGAUUCAAUGUUUAUUAAAACACAGUGUUUUAUGUUAGCAAUUCAGCAUGCGAUAUAACAAAACGCAGACAGAAAACAUUUCUGAAAAUAAAUGCACAUUUAUUCGCUCCAACUGUGUAGGUCUAAAAGCUGGUGAAAUCUUGCACCUUAGUUAGAGUAGAGAGGAGAAGGGGGCUCUUCACAGCUCCAACUCAGUUGCUUAAUUUGAUCAUAGAAAUGUCAAUGCUACUUGGUAUUUAUUAUACACUAUGAGUGGAAAAAAGGAAAGGUGCUAUUCGACCUGCCGGGGAACCCACUUUCUCUCCCAUCGACCAGGCAGCCUGUGGAGUUUACAAAUGCCAAAAGUAGUUGUCAGUCUUGAUCUCUUAUUGCUUCAGGUGUGUUGGAUGAGAUUGGUAGCUGCUACACUCCACUUUGCCAGCUACAUACAAAACAUUAUUCCUGUAUGACUAGGGAACAAUUUGCGUAUGACACUUCAGAACAAUGUAUUUGUACUUCAGCGGCACAGCAGCUACUUUGCUUCUGUAUUCUUAAAGAGCCACUCCUGAAAGGGUGGUGAUUCUGGAAAUGCAAAGAGGCACCUAGUUUAUUUGUAUUCACUGCCUAUAUGAAUUCAUUUUCACCUGAAAAUGUAGGUUGCUGUGAACAUGACCUACAAUUUCACAGGAUUAAAGUUGCUGUGCUUCCUGUGAAGCUGAAAUACAUUGCCAUGUCAAAACAGCUUUGGGACUUCAGCCCUAGGGAUGGGGUCUUGAGGUUCUAGAUUUGCAGGCAAGUGUCGUGUAAUCUGCUGUGUUCUAUACUGUACAAAAUUUUGAUAGUUAAACUUGACUGCCAUCAAAAUAAAAUGUUUGGUUUG